CCUUCCUAUUGGUCCCACCACAGAAGGGGUGCCCUGGUUCCCACUGGGCUGGUAAACAAAGGGUCUCAGCCUGUGGAGGAGAAGGCUUGAGCAGAAGCCCUUCCUCAGAGAAGCUUGGCCAGGGUAGAGGUCCUUGCCAGAGCACGUGGAGCCACCCUGCCACAGACACAUCUACACCAGGCUGGUAGGGGUGGAGGAGACAGAAAACAGCAGCAAGGGCCAGCAAAUACAUCAAGAGCAGGCAGGAAAGGCAGGCAGGGGCACAGGAAGAUCAGCCUGCGCGGCAUGGAGAGACCUAUGGGAGCAAGCAGCAUGUCAGGAACAGAGGGGGUCUGCACUGUGCCUGAGCAGAAAAGGGAGCCUGAGGCGACGUGCUCUGGGGAGCCCUCUACGGGCUGGGAAGCGAAGGCCAAAAAGAGUCGCUCCUCCCGCUCCUCCCGGGCUGGCCUGCUCUUCCCUGUGAGCCGUAUAGACAGGCAACUGCGCAGAGGCCAGUUUGCUGAGCGCUUUGGAGCCAGGGCCCCUGUCUACCUGGCUGCUGUGCUGCAGUGGGUGACGCACAAAACCAUGGACAUGGCUGGGAGGAUUUCAAAGAAGAGCAACGAACAGUGCAUCUCUCCAUGCCACUUGCAGAUGGCUGUGAAGAACAGCUCUGUACUCAAACACCUUCUGGGAAGCAAGCCCAAGCACCGUGGCAGGGCUGUCCCACAAAGCCAGCGCAUGGCCUCACCCUCCAAAAAGAAGACCAAGAGGAGGAAGAGAAGCCAUAGGAAACAGGCUGCACCUGCCCAUGCCACUGCUGCUGUGACUGUCAAGUGAAAGCAGAAACUCCUGUCCCAUAUUGGCGUGGCAAGGGCUGUCUCAUUUGCCAAAUCAUCCACUAUAAUCUAACAGUUGAAUAAAAGCCCUUGCACUACCAUA